AUUCCGCCGCGCAUGUCUUGGAUGGGAGCGUGACUUGUACUUGUGGCUGUUGCGAAGGACUCUCGCGGACAAGGGAGGACUCCUUCUACUCGCUUUCGUUUUCUGGCCGUGCCGGAACCAGCAACCCUGAUGUCAUGGCUCAUUGGUUUGCGUCGUUCCUUGUCUAGGUAGUCAUGCAUUACAUGCUUGCGAUUCUCGCGCAUUUGGGUCCGGUCUUUGAGUUUCGUCGGAUGGUCCACCACGAAAAAUCGAAGAGACUUAUUGCUGCUGGCUUGACCAUUCUUCUUGUUGCCACUCGGGACUUUGGGUAAAGCUGGGAGAGAUGGAUUCUGGCGUGAUUGAGAACGCCCUGGACCUUCCUUGGAUUCUAUUGACGUCCUUGUGCUGUCUGAAGACGGCUCUGAAUCAGAUGUUGCGAGUGAAGCACUGCUGAGCGGCGAAUCUCUGCGAAGCACAGGAUUGAUCCGAGAUCCUGGAUUAGCAUACGGAGGCAACAUCAGUAUUUCGGUCGCAUUCUGUGGAGAAGCCAUUAUAGAAGACGUUAGAUAGGAGGAGCCACGUCCGACUGAUAAGUAUGACGCUAAUAUGGGCGGCAAGGUUGGUGGUUGAGUGCUUGAAGAUGAACCUGUUCAGCUGGGAAAGUGCUCUGCAACGGCUCAAGGGCUCGUGUAACAACCAGGCAGCCUCGGCAACGGCCCACAUGGCGUGAAUGCGCCCCAAUAGCCAUACUGCAGUCACCGCUGGAAGAGCUCCGUGUGUGGUCAAUGUUGGCUGCAAGGCUCGGUCGAAGAAGCGGUCGGCCUUUGAGGCGGUGCAAUGCCGAUUGAAGAUGUGCGGCAGGGAUGCGUGUGCGCUGGCUCGAGAGAAGAGCAAGUUUUAACGAGAG